AUGGACGAUCUUUCCGGCCUUAAUUGGUCUUCGACCAACUCGAACAAAGAGGCCACCAAGCCUCCCCCUAUGAAUCCACCUUCUUUCUAUUCCACUCUACGUCCGACGCCAUCCCCUCAGCCCUCCGGUCGAACCACACCGCUCUCUACCCAAGGUUCCGGCUUCGCUGCCCCGAAACCACAAACUGGCAAACCGACGGCCGAUAGCUUUAGUGGUCUCGUGAGCUUUGGGGGCGCCAAGAGUAACGCCAACCUAAGCCUCCGAGAGCGCCAAGAACAAUUAGAAGCUCAAAGGCGUCGAAAAGAAGAGGAGGACAGAAGAAAAUUACAAUCACAGUAUGGAGGUGGUCAAUUUUGGGACAAUAUCGGGCAAGGCUCUACACCUGCGUCCCGAACCAUUUCUCCGGCUAUCCCAUCACCAUCAGUCGGUAGCGGGAUAGGAAGUCAAAUUGGACAGAAAAAGGAUGAUGACGACGAUCUUUUUGCUGCAUUUAAUAGAGAUACAAAAGUUGAUAAUGCCAGCCACUUUCCUCCCCCCGAGCAACAAUUAUCUGGAAAGAAUACCCCAGCCAAUACCGCUCAGCUUGACUUAACUAGCGCUAGCGCAUGGAAUAAGCCUACAGCUUCAGGUGGAGGCGAGCUUGGUGAUGAUGAUGACCCCUUCGGCUUGAACCAGAUGAAGAAAAAACCACAGCAGCAACUAUCAGUUAAUGACGACGAAGACGACGAUUUCCUAGGAGAUCUUGGGAAACCAGUUGACGAGGUACGGCGCAAAACCCAAGCUACACAACCAAAGCCAGAACCAGGUCGGCCUAUCGAGACCACGGACUCGGACUCUGAGCCCGAAAUCCCUCCAAGGGGAGCUAGUUCUGACCCAUUUGACAAGGCAGUUGCGGAAUUGGUUGAUAUGGGUUUCACAGCCGAAAACGCAAGACGAGGUUUAACGGAAAAUGGGACAGGCUUAAACGUUCAAGCAGCUGUUGGGUGGCUCCUGGAUGAUGCACAUAGACAAGCUCGUAAUAAGCAGUCUCCUGCAGAACCCGCUCCCGAACGAGCUAGGAGGGAUGAUAACCGUUCUAGAAAUCAUGGCAAUCCCGCGUGGAUGAGUGGAGACCAUACAGGUGAUCCUCCUUCACGAAGAGAUAAUCGGUCACCUGUUUCUGGAGAUGACUUCUCUAAAAGGGCCGCGGCAGUAGGCUCCAGUUUCUUCAAAACGGCUAAUUCCCUUUGGAAGAGUGGGCAGAAGCAGGUCCAAAAGGCAGUUGCUGAUUUCCAGCAAGAGGGUGGCGAUCCCAGCCAACCAAAAUGGAUGCGUUCAGCCCAUCUAGAUCAGCCGUAUGCAGGAAAGCGUGAGCCUCAGAAUACUACAGACGAAGCUCUAAUGCUAGAAUCUGGUACACGGCCAGAGAGACACUCGUCCAGGCCUACUCAAAGUCUACAUGGUGAACCGCGAGAUCAAUCCCCGGGUUUACCCACUCGACCGCGCACGCAUUCCCCAGGGAUACCCAAAUGGCAGCAAGCAGCACCGCCAAGUUCCCGGGAUCCCCGGGUGCGCUUAAACAAGCAAGAAAUUGAGGAGCAAAGCGCACAAGCGUAUGUCAGUCCUGCAAGGAGAAAAAAGGCAGCACCUCAACCCGCACCGCCAUCUGAAUCUGAACCGAACCUACUAUUUGAUCAGCCUUCACAUCAACCUUCUCAAUCCCAACCCCGACGCGCCGCUCAGUCAUCAACCCCUUCAACUAAACAGCCCACACGGGCCCCUUCAAAGCCCAUCACUCCACGGCCAGCCCCGCCCACUCGAAAUAUUCCCACUAUCCCUUCAUCAACUUUAGAAGCUUCUACACGGCACCGUCUCGAAGGAACAGCCCAUUUUAAAAGGGGAGAUUACGACGCUGCGCACACAAGUUACACAAAUUCGCUAGCCGGCAUACCACAGUCACAUCCCAUUUGCAUUGUUCUGCUUACUAACCGCGCACUUACUGCACUGAAAACCGGGAGUCCUAAACAGGCUGUUGGCGAUGCAGAUGCUGCGAUCGGCAUUAUAGGGCCCUCUCACGGCGAAGGCGAGAAGGUCGCAUUGUCUGAUGGCGAAACACGCGAAAUGAAAGAUUUGUACGGCAAAGCGCUCAGCCGAAAAGCCGAGGCUCUUGAGCAAAUGGAGAAGUGGACGGAUGCUGGGAACGUUUGGCAGCAAUGCGUCGAGGCAGGCGUUGGCGGUGCAAAUGCGAUUGCUGGUCGACAACGCUGUCAGAAAGCGCUUGCUCCUAAACCUAAACCAACCCCGAAGCCGGCACAGGUGGUUAAGUCUCGACCGAAACCCUCCGCCGUAUCAGACCUGAACUCGCAAAAAAGCUCGGAAGCUGUACAGCGCCUGCGGCAGGCCAAUAAGGCAGCUGAAGCAGCCGAUGAUGAGAAAUUUGCGCUUAGCGAAAAAGUCGAUGCAAAGAUCGCUACAUGGCGUGAUGGGAAAAGGGAUAAUCUACGUGCCCUUCUUGGAAGUCUUGAUCAGGUGCUAUGGGAGAACAGCGGAUGGAAGAAGGUUGGCUUGCACGAGCUAGUAGUUGCGAACAAGGUCAAGAUACAUUACAUGAAAGCAAUUGCUAAGUGUCAUCCUGAUAAGCUACCUCAAGAUGCAAGUACGGAAGUAAGACUCAUUGCCGCUACAGUAUUUGCCACCCUAAAUGAGAGUUGGGAUAAAUUCAAGACCGAGAACGGGUUAUAA